GAAGCUAAAAAAGCAACGAAUCAAAAACGAAAAAGACAGAGAGAAGAAAAAACAUUAUAAAGGAGGGAUUUCGAUUAUAUAUUAUAAAGACUACCAAAAUUAGCAAACAAAAACAUUCACUCGUUAACUCUUCUCCUCCAUCCAAUUUCAUUUCUCUCUCUUUUCACUUCUCUCACUCAUUUUUAUUCGUCGUCGUCUUUUUCGUCUCCUCUGAUUUGUUCUUUCUCUCUAAAUUCGCUUCUUCUCACUUCUCCGAUUCUCUUUUGGGUUUUUCCAUUCCCGUAUACGUUAAGAACAUUUCAAGAAAGUGAAAAAAAAAUGCAGGAAGGGACUGAUCCUUAUGGUGAGAUUGAGAUAAGUUUUGGUUAUCAAUGCAAUAAUAAGAAGAAGAUAGGGAUCCCUGAAGAUAACAUUGCUGAUGGUCGUGAGGUUCUUGGUGGGUUUAGGCUUCAAAAGACAAGCAGUUUCUCUUGUUUAUCUGGAGCUGCUUUAAGCGGAAACCCGACUUUAGCCAAUACCAAUAUCUGCAAUGGUGUGAUUGGUUCUGAGAUAUUGCCGUCUCUAGAUUCUCCGAAAUCUUUCAGGAAAGUUCCUUCUUCGCCUGCGCUUUCGAAGCUUGACAUACUAUCUCCUUCUCUCCAUGGAAGUAUGGUUAGUCUAAGCUGUAGCUCGUCUACUAGCCCGAGUCCUCCUGAGCCAGAGUCUUGUUACUUGACAUCAAUGAGUUCUCCUUCUUCUGUUAAUGAAGGGUUUCUUCUCUCUGCUAUGGAAGUUCAAGUUGCUGGUGGUGCUGCAGGGGAAGAUAGGGUUCAAGCUGUUUGCUCUGAGGAGAACGGUUGGUUGUUUUGCGCUAUUUAUGAUGGAUUUAAUGGAAGAGAUGCUGCUGAUUUCUUGGCUUGUACUUUGUAUGAGUCCAUUGUGUUUCAUCUUCAGUUGCUUGAUCGUCAAAUGAAGCAAACUAAGUCCGAUGAUGAUGGCGAAAAACUGGAAUUGUUAUCAAAUAUAAGUAACAUAGAUUACUCUUCCACUGAUUUGUUCAGGCAAGGAGUGCUAGAUUGCUUAAACCGUGCGCUUUAUCAGGCGGAAAUCGAUUUCUUAAGGAUGGUUGAGCAAGAAAUGGAAGAAAGACCGGAUUUAGUAUCCGUUGGAUCAUGCGUUUUGGUCACUCUCCUUGUUGGGAAGGAUCUAUACGUCCUUAAUCUAGGUGAUAGCAGAGCUGUUCUAGCGACAUACAAGGGUAAUAAGAAGCUGCAAGCUAUUCAGCUCACAGAGGAUCACACAGUUGAUAACGAAGUCGAAGAAGCUAGACUCUUAAGUGAGCAUCUUGAUGAUCCCAAAAUCGUUAUUGGUGGGAAAAUCAAAGGAAAGCUUAAAGUUACUCGUGCUCUUGGAGUUGGUUACUUGAAGAAGGAGAAACUAAACGAUGCACUCAUGGGAAUCCUCCGCGUUCGUAACCUUUUGAGCCCGCCUUAUGUUUCAGUGGAACCAUCCAUGAGAGUUCACAAGAUAACGGAAUCAGAUCACUUUGUUAUAGUUGCAAGUGAUGGUUUGUUUGAUUUCUUCAGCAACGAGGAAGCGAUUGAGCUCGUCCAUUCCUUCAUUUCUAGCAAUCCUUCUGGUGAUCCCGCAAAGUUUCUGCUUGAACGUCUUGUAGCUAAAGCUGCUGCUCGUGCUGGUUUUACCUUGGAAGAAUUGACGAAUGUUCCGGCUGGUCGGAGAAGGAGAUAUCAUGACGAUGUGACUAUAAUGGUAAUCACUCUAGGUACCGAUCAACGUACCUCAAAAGCUUCUACGUUCGUGUGAUUUUGAUGAUGAUGGCGACAAAUGUUGGAUUGGUAAAAUUGUAAUUAGUCUCACUGAUCUUCUUUAGACUUUGGAACUGAUCAUCAGUUUUUUCAAUUCUUUGGAACUGGUAUAAUAUUAUUUCAGUGUAUAGUCCGUAUAUAUAUCAUUGUAGUAGUCUUAGUUGCGAGCCUAGAAUUCAUCAGUUUGUCUCAGCCUGAGUCAUAUGUUCUGUUUUUUUUUUUUUUUAGGCCUUUUGGGUGUUUAGUCGGUUUGGUUUAUUACCUUGGAUUGUAACAUAGAGUGAUCCGUUUUGUCAAUUGGCUAACUACUAGUGAAAUAAUGUUGGUGACCUACGCUGAUCUUUAAUCAUGUGACAAUAAAAGCACCUUAUUGUUCACAACU